GUGCGCUUGUGGUGAGAACUCUGCCGCUGGCUAUGUGGUUGUGGUGCUGCUAUGCUAUGCGACAGGGUUGUUUAACUGUCUAAAUUGCAAAGUGUGCACAUCUAAUUGGCAUUUGGCAAACACAAAGCAGCCAAAGCAAAAUAGUUGCCCAAAUGCUUUUGUUGACUUUCUGUGCGUGUGUAUGAGUGUGUGUUAGUGCGAGUGUGAGUUAGUGCCGUCUGACAGCCGCCACAAUUUACAGUCGCUGGACAACACUGGUUGCUGGUGAAUUCAAGCUGAUGUGGUGAAUUUCGUCUUUGUUGAGAAAAAAUGUCGACGCGAAAAGUAUUUUAAUCAUUAGUCAGAAAAGCCAGUGUAUGCAAAUUCUGGAUUUUGGCAAAUAUCAAAUCAAAUCAGAAACACGUUAAGGUGCACAACUGGAUACAUAGUGGCAAAAGCAAGGCACAAAUUAUGUAAAUGCAAUCAACUGCAAUUUAUGCACAAUUUCGGUUUGCCAGACUGCGACACGGUGGCGUUCCUGUCGACCACAAAGUGAAACUGCAGUGGGGAAAGUCGCACGCAGCAGCCCCGCACACAUACACACAAAGCGACAAUAAGAGCUAUAACAAGAAGAAGAAGAGUAAAGUAUGGACAAUUGCGAUCAGGACGCGGGCUUUCGUUUGGGUCCCAUCAAGGAGGAGGUCAAGCCGGACAUAUCGCAGCUGAAUGACAGCAACAACAGCAGCUUCUCGCCCAAGGCCGAGAGUCCGGUACCCUUUCUGCAGGCCAUGAACAUGGUCAACGUGCUGCCGGCCAGCAACAACAAUAAUAAUCAGAAUCAAUUGGCGCCGGCCGCCCAGCAGCAACAGCAACAGCAGCAGCAACAACAACAACAACAAUAUCCGCCAAAUCAUCCACUUAGCGGAUCGAAGCAUUUGUGCUCCAUUUGCGGAGAUCGGGCCAGUGGCAAGCACUAUGGCGUCUACAGCUGCGAGGGCUGUAAGGGCUUCUUCAAGCGCACAGUGCGCAAGGAUCUCGCAUAUGCUUGCCGCGAGAAUCGCAACUGUAUCAUUGAUAAGCGACAGCGUAAUCGCUGCCAAUAUUGCCGCUAUCAGAAGUGCCUGUCGUGCGGCAUGAAGCGCGAGGCUGUACAGGAGGAGCGACAGCGCGGCGCACGCACAUCCACGGGCCGCUUGGGUGCAGCUGGCGGCGGCGGCGGCGGCGGUGCUGCUGGCGGUGGCCUGGCUGCCGGCGGCGGCAUUGGUAUUGGCAGCUCCGGCGCCGGCGGCGUCGGCGGCACCAAUAGCACCUCCGAUGAUUUCAUGCCGAACAGUGUGUCCCGCGACUUUACCAUUGAGCGUCUACUGGAUGCGGAACAGCGUGCGGAGGCGCAUAGCGGCGAUCGGGCGCUAACGUUCCUGCGCGUCGGACCCAACUCGACGGUGCAGCCAGACUAUAAGGGUGCCGUCUCGGCGCUCUGCCAGGUGGUGAACAAACAGCUGUAUCAGAUGGUCGAAUAUGCGCGCCUUAUGCCGCACUUUGCCCAGCUGCCGCUGGACGAUCAGGUGAUACUGCUGAAGGCCGCCUGGAAUGAGCUGCUAAUUGCGAAUGUGGCCUGGUGCAGCAUCGAAUCGCUGGACGAUGCGCUAGCGGGGAUCGGGCAUGAUAGCGCCUUCGAGCGGCGAUCACCGGUGCUGCAGCCGCAGCAGCUGUUCCUCAACCAGAGUUUCUCGUAUCAUCGGAACAGCGCAAUCAAGGCGGGCGUGCACGCCAUCUUUGAUCGGAUACUGUCCGAGCUGAGUGUCAAGAUGAAGCGCUUGAAUUUGGAUAGACGCGAGCUGUCCUGCCUGAAGGCGAUCAUAUUGUAUAAUCCGGAUAUACGCGGCAUCAAGAAUCGCGCCGAUAUCGAGCUGUGCCGGGAGAAGGUCUACGCCUGCCUCGACGAGCACUGCCGCCUGGAGCAUCCCGGUGACGAUGGACGCUUCGCUCAGCUGUUGCUACGUCUGCCCGCAUUGCGUUCGAUUAGUCUCAAGUGCUUGGAUCAUCUGUUCUUCUUCCGCAUCAUCAGCGAUCGACCGUUGGAUGAGCUGUUUAUUGAACAGCUCGAAUCGCAGCCGCCGCCUGGCCUGAUUCUAAAUUCGGAGUGAAUUUCGAUAAGUUAUCGGAAACUGUUGCCUGUUAUCGAUAGAACGUAUCGAUUGCCGUUUAUCGUUGAUCGAUUGAUUGUUUCAUUGUGAUUGAGUUUGUUUGCAUUUCUCUGCCAACCCUGCUCCCUACCGCCCCCCCCCCCC